AUGGCGGCGGCUCGUACCAGCAGCAGUAGAGGUGGAAGUCAUGAAGGACAAGGCCUGAACAGGGUCCCAUUGAAUGCUCAUAGACAACAAUUACAAAGAGAGAUUGAUCGUAUUGCUGGGUUAUUGAACACUAGAGAAGUCCAUGCUGAUGCUAUCCUUCGUUCCACUUUUAAUGAUCAAGGUGGCGCUCCAUCAAAUACACCUGAACAUUCUCCAAAAAUGUUGAAUGGUUAUAAUGAUUCAAAUUAUGUCACAACUCCUGGUGUUAUUGAUAAUAAGAAUAAAUCUAAAACAAUGAAACCUUUGAAAAUGCAAUUAUUGGAACUGAAAUCAAAUGAUGAUCCUAAUGCUCUUUAUCAACAACCAUAUAAAAAAUUCCUUAGUAUUAAUGAUUUAUUAACUUCUGAAAAUGAUUCAACUUUCCCAGGAUCUUCUCCAUUAGGUGAUAAAACUUUAGAAUUCAUAAAUCAAACUACAAUGACUGGGAAUCAUACAAUGUUUCUCAACACGGUACAGUCACCACUUGAUCCAAAUAAGAAGACUAGUUCUGCUAAUAGUGGAUCCCAUAACAUGAAUGGUACUGAAACUUCAAAUUUCCUUCCAAUGAGUGUCUUGGAUACAAAUAAACCAUCAAAUUUACAAAGUUCUCCAAAUAGAAAUCAAUAUCAUAUGAAUUUACCAUAUAAUAAUAACAACAACAGACCUAAACAACCAAAUUUAUUUGAUAAUAUUAAUGGUGGCCCUUCUUCAAAUGAUGGGAAACAAAAUUGGGUAAAUCCAUUUGGUUUACCAGAUCCUAAAAAUGAAUUAGCAUUAUCUAGUUCACCACUUCCAAAUUUUGAAACAAGAUUCCCAGAACCUAAACCAAUUCAUGAAUUAUUUGAUUCUGUCCCAGUUGACUCACAUUUAAGAGAAGAAGAAGAAGAUGAUGAUGAAGAAGAGGAUGAUGUAAAUGACAAUGAUAAUACAGUGUCUGAACAUGAAUCAGAAGACAACGGAGAUGAUGAUGAUGAUUAUGUUUAUCACCAGCCAAACAUCACAAAUAAUCAAGAUAUUAUGAAUCCAGUUAAUUCAAAUUUGCAACAAAUUUCAUCAACAUCAAGUUCAAAACCAUUGCCAAUUACUAAAUCAAAUUUGAAGACCAAAACACAAACCAAACCAAAAACCAAACCACAACCUAAACCAAAAACCAAACCAAAAACCAAACCACAAGCAAAACCACAACCUAAACCACAACCUAGACCUCAAGUACAUGAUAAUGAACCAAAGUCAAGUAAUAUCGCAAGUGAUACUAUAGACUCUCAAUUGAAGUUAGAAGAUCAAUUACAAAGAAUGUCAAAAUCAACUCAAGAAGAUUCAGAAGAAUUACCAAAUUUUGAAAUAUCAUCAAAUAUUAAAAAUGCUUUACGUAAAAGGAAAAAAAUUAGUUAUAAUUUAGAAAGAAUAAAUUCAUCUGAUGAUUCUCCAAAAACUUCAAGACUGAAAAGAAGAGCCAAAAGACAAAAUAUUCAACCAAAAACUUCUCAUCUUCAUUCAUCAUCACCAAGAAAAUAUAAACGUACAUCAAGUAGUGGAUCAAAUAGAUCAUAUAGACGUAAAAAAUCAAUUCAACCAAGAUCAAAAUCAGGUUGUUGGACUUGCAGAAUUCGAAAGAAAAAGUGUACAGAAGAAAGACCAUCAUGUGAACAAUGUAUUAAAUUAGGAUUGAUAUGUGAUGGUUAUUCUGAAGAAAGACCACAUUUUAUGAUGAAUCAACAAUCUCAAAGACAAAGAUUAGAUGAAAUUAAACAUCAUACAAGUCAACGUAAAAAGAUUGGAGUUAAAAAAGUAAGAAUUGAUGAGUAA